AUAAGCUCAUUCGGUGGAUCCACGUCCAUGUGCACAUUUAAUUUAAACGUCCAACGUUACUGUAAUGUGUUGAGGAUUAAAACACGUUGGACUAGUGUUACGUGUCGUGGUAGUUGUGCUUGUGAGCAGCAGCAGGCAGGAGAAUGGCAGGCCUGUGGAGAUCCUAUCAAGUAUGGAUGACCAAAUACCCCUGGACAGUACAGUUAGUGACCGCUGGGUCUCUGGUGGGUGUCGGUGAUGUCAUCUCCCAGCAGCUGAUUGAGCGAAGAGGAUUGGCCAAUCACAACGUGCGGCGCACGGCCAACAUGAUGGGCAUCGGUUUCUUCUUUGUGGGUCCAGUAAUCGGCAGUUGGUACAAAGUUUUGGACCGGCUGGUGGUUGGAGGAACAAAAAGUGCUGCCAUGAAGAAAAUGCUUGUGGACCAGCUGUGCUUCGCUCCGGGUUUCCUGGGAGCUUUUCUCUGCAUCUCCGGCGCUCUGAACGGCCUGACGCUGGAGGAGAACGUCACCAAGCUCAAGAGGGACUACACAGAUGCUCUGAUCGCUAAUUACUACCUUUGGCCUCCAGUCCAGAUCGCCAAUUUCUACUUCGUUCCACUCCACUACAGGCUGGCUGUGGUCCAGAUUGUUGCUGUUACUUGGAACUCCUACCUGACAUGGAAGGCCAACAAGAUGUGAGCGAUCAUCACAAGUCCGGCCUGUCUUGUUGUUGGUGGUGAUGAUGAUGAUGAUUAUGAUGAUGAUGAUGAUGAUUAUAAUGAUUCUACACUCAUUUGUAGUGUGUGUGUGUGUGUGUGUGUGUGAUAGGGGCCAUUCUGGUCUAACUUACUUCUGGUAUUUCCAAUGUGUAAAACUGACUCACUCACUUGUAAAGGUCGGGAGAAAGUGCUUGUCUUCUCUGAAUGACAAAUUCACACUUGCAACUUUUAUUUGCAUGAAUGUCUGUGGAAGUUUGUUCUUUUUGGAAAUUGCAUUUACUGCCUUGUAUAGCCACACACACACACACACAUUAACACCCACUAGUUGCAAAGGAAAAUAAUGUUUCAUUAACCACCUGAACUGCUUUGGUCUGUUGGUCUUAUAAUGAAGUCCUUAGACCUUAGAUUUUCUUCAUAUUGUUGAUUUUCAUCGAUAUGUUCCACAAUUUGUAUUCAUGCGUUUUUAUCCAUUUGUCUCCACCUGUGUACAGUGUGUACUUCUACUUCAGGAACUGUUAUUCCAUGCUUCCCAAUAACAUUCCUCUGGGAAAGGAAAGGAAGCUGUUCUUAGGUUUCUGUUCAGAAUGUACAGAAAGGUGAGUGAUAAGUAAGAACAAGCUGUAAAAGUAGCAAAGUAUUCUGGCCUUUGGAGGAAAACAAAUCCACGGCUCUGUGAAGACAUUCUUGUUAUUGCUGCCUGACAUGAGGAACGCCAGGAAUUACUUGUUAAAUAGAUGUUAAAGUGUACUCCGUUCUGCCCUUUAGCAGCUUUCAGUAUACUGCUGCAAUACAACCAAUUGAUUGUACAAUAAAAAUAAAAAAAAUG